CUGUGUGAAAGCAAAGAAGCUGACUGGAAAGAGCGAAAAGCGAAGAGAGACAGCAAGAAAGAAAAAUCUGUAUGUCAUUGACAUAUUCAUACACUCGUUUCCCCCUCUCCGCGUGGAUCUCUCUCUGAUUCUUCAGUCUUCGCCAUGGCGGAGCGUGCUUCUUACGGAUUAGGUCCUCGAUUAGAUAUUCAGCAAUUACAAUUUGAAGCCCAGCAUAGAUGGUUGCGCCCUGCAGAAAUAUGUGAAAUUCUUCGUAAUUAUCAGAAGUUUCAAAUCACAUCGGAACCGCCGAACAGGCCACCGAGUGGUUCACUUUUUCUUUUUGAUCGGAAGGUUUUGAGGUACUUUAGAAAGGAUGGACAUAAUUGGAGAAAGAAAAAGGAUGGAAAGACUGUGAAGGAAGCUCAUGAAAAGUUGAAGGUGGGAAGUGUUGAUGUGUUACACUGCUACUAUGCCCAUGGAGAAGAAAACGAGAAUUUUCAGAGGCGAAGCUAUUGGAUGCUUGAACAGGAUAUGAUGCAUAUAGUAUUUGUCCACUACUUGAAUGUUAAGAUUAACAAGACAAAUAUUGGUGGAGGUACAGAUAUUGAUGACAUUAGAUCAGAUUCCCAAGAGGGCAGUUCUUCAUCAUCUGGCUUUCCCACAAAUUAUAGGAAUGUGCCUUCAGGAAGUACAGAUUCCAUGAGCCCAACUAGCACUUUGACUUCUUUAUGUGAAGAUGCUGAUUCAGAGGAUAUUCACCAAGCAAGUUCAGGAUUAUAUUCGUUCCGUGAGUCACAAAAUAUGGGGAAUGGUCGUCCAAUGGAUAAGAUUGACGCUCCUUCAAAUAGUUCAUAUCUUAUGCAUCCCUUUUCAGGUGGUCAUGGACAGUUCUCAAUUUCUGGAACAGAUUAUAUUCCUCUUGUUCAGGGGGAUAAAUCUAGAGCAAGCGCUACUACAUACUUUGAGCAUCAGAGAGCACAUGGCAUGGCAUCCUGGGAUGUCAUGGAGCAAUCUGCAGGAUUGCAAACUGAUCCUCCUCUUGUAUCAUCUCCUUCCAUUCCAUCCAGUUCAAUGGGAAAUAUCCUUGAGCAGGAACAUACAGUUAUGGGAAACAUUUUAGGGAGUAAAAAUACCCUUGUCGAGGAGGCAGAGGGUUCUCAGUCUCUCCUGUCAAAUUGGCAGAUUCCUUUUGAAGACAAUACAGGAGACUCACCUAAAUGGAGCUUAACCCAUUCAUUGAGUUUGGAAUUUGGAUCUGAUUAUUGCACUGGUUUACUGGGGGAUGAAACUAAUAAUACAAGUCCAGAACUUGCUCCUGACAUGUUCGCUUUUGAUGAUGAGCCAAAAGAGCAGCCUCUGCAGCAGAUCUUCUCAAAGAAGCAUACAGAUGCACAAUCUCAACAUGCACUGAAAUUCAAUUCUGAGUAUGAAGAUCCUGGUGAAGAAAGUAUCAACAAUACCUUGAUCGUGAAGCGUGCAUUAUUGGAUGGAGAGGAGAGCCUGAAGAAGGUUGAUAGCUUCUCUAGGUGGAUUACUAAAGAACUUGUCGGGGUGGAUGACCUGCAUAUGCAGUCUUCUCCGGGUAUUUCAUGGAGCACAGAUGAAUCUGGGCAUGUAAUAGAUGAUACCUCUUUGAACCUGUCCCUAUCUCAAGACCAGCUCUUUAGCAUAAAUGAUUUUUCACCUAAAUGGGCUUAUGCUGAAUCAGAAAUUGAGGUGCUGAUUAUUGGAACAUUUUUGAAGAGUAAACUGGAGGUGGUAACAUGUAACUGGUCCUGUAUGUUUGGGGAAGUGGAAGUUCCUGCUGAGGUUUUAGCUAAUGGAAUUCUGUGCUGUAAAGCUCCACCUCAUCAGAUUGGACGGGUCCCUUUCUAUGUAACAUGUUCCAAUAGGUUUGCUUGUAGUGAAGUUCGGGAAUUUGAGUACAGAGAGGGUUUUGCUAGAAAUGUAGAUAUUGCAGAUUUUUUUGACAGUUCAACUGAAAUGCUGCUGCAUUUGGGACUGGAGGAGUUACUUUCUUUAAACUCGGCGCACCCUUCAGAUCAAGUGUUUGAGGAGGAUACGGAGAAAAGAAACUUAAUUUUUAAGCUUAUUUCACUGAAAGAGGAAGAGGAGUAUUCGAGUAAGGAAGAGCCAACUGUAGCGAUGAAUAUAUCAAAACAUAAGUUGAAGGCGCAAAUGUUUCACAGGCAGGUUAAAGAGAAGCUGUUCUCAUGGCUUCUUCACAAAGUAACUGAAAGCGGUAAAGGGCCAAAUGUAUUAGGUAAGGAUGGGCAAGGUGUGUUACAUUUAGUUGCUGCUCUUGGUUAUGAUUGGGCCAUAACACCAAUUAUAUCUGCUGGUGUUAAUAUCAACUUCCGUGAUGUGAAUGGAUGGACGGCUCUACACUGGGCUGCAUCCUGUGGCAGAGAGCGAACAGUUGCUGUCCUUGUCUCCAUGGGUGCAGCUACUGGAGCAUUGACAGAUCCAUGUCCAGCAUUUCUUUCAGGUAGAACACCGGCAGAUCUUGCUUCUAGCAAUGGCCACAAAGGAAUUUCUGGUUUUCUUGCGGAGUCAUUAUUAACUAGUCACCUUGAAUCACUCACAAUGGAUGAUCUGAGUAAAGACAGUGGGAAAGAAACUUCAGGAAUGAAGGCAGUGCAGACAGUUUCAGAGCGAUUUGUGACACCUGUUCAUUUUGGUGAUAUACCAGAUGCUAUCUGCCUUAAGGAUUCUCUGAAUGCUGUCCGUAAUGCUACACAAGCUGCUGAUCGUAUACAUCAAGUAUUCAGAAUGCAGUCAUUUCAGAGGAAGCAAUUAGCUCAGUGUGAACAUAAUGAGUUUGGGUUGUCAGAUCAGCAAGCUCUUUCCCUUCUAGCUUUUAAGACAUGCAACUCUGGACAAGGAGCGGGUUUAGUGAAUUCUGCUGCAAUAGAAAUACAGAAAAAGUUUCGUGGUUGGAAGAAGAGAAAAGAAUUCUUGAUCAUUCGUCAAAAAAUUGUUAAAAUCCAGGCCCAUGUAAGAGGUCACCAGGUAAGGAAGAAGUAUAAAUCAGUCAUUUGGUCUGUGGGAAUCCUGGAGAAGGUGAUAUUACGCUGGAGACGUAAGGGCAGGGGUUUACGUGGAUUUCGACCAGAUGCGCUUGAUAAGGUCCCCAUGCAAGCAAGCGAUCCUUUGAAAGAGGAUGAUUAUGAUUUUCUCAAGGAAGGAAGGAAACAAAGUGAAGAAAAGUUCCAAAAGGCCCUUUCAAGGGUGAAGUCCAUGGUUCAAUAUCCAGAGGCACGGGCUCAAUACCGGCGGGUGCUAAAUGUAGUAGAGGACUUCCGUCAAACCAAGCAGGGAUCCAAUUUGAAUUUGAUAAAUUCGGAAGAGACAGUUGAUGGUGUAGAGGAUUUGAUUGAUAUUGACAUGCUUUUAGAUGAUGAAAAUUUCGCACCUAUUGCAUUCGAUUGAUCCUCUGCGGUGGCUACUCCUAUUCUCCCCCCUGUAAAUAGAUGGCCAGUCGGUUUUAUUCGGCGUUGGAAAGGUCCUAACAUCAUGUAUCGCUGUAUAUAUGCCUAAUCUGGACUACUUGGAUCCUAGGUGGUCCUGUUUUAUACCAAAAACUAGUUUGGAUCCUAGGCUGGGUAUACAUAGAUUACAAAAGCUAGAACGUAUUCAGGUUUGACAAUGCAAAUAUUGCAGUCUAGCAUGGUUUGAUUUUAUAUACGGUGAUUUUUACAUGACAGUA